ACGACCUUCAUACUUCAUAACUCAUACAAAAAUUUUCUGUCGCAUUACACAGUUACUAAAUUAUUUCAUAAUAAUAAGUAUAAUAAUAUAAUUUUUAAUAAUAUUACAGUAAAACAGUAAUGUACUAUAACUUAAAAAAUUCUGGGUUUGUUUUCUGAUAUUAAGAAUAAUGCGUUACGAAAAAAAUAUUAUUUUUCUUUAUAUUUGUUUCAUAAAUCUAGUUAUAAAUGAAUGCAACAUGCAACAAAUAGGCCCAGAACCAUGGGACUUAAUGAGUAGUGAAAUCUCGAUUAUAACUGAUGAAGACGUACCCCCUGAUCUUAAAAUCAAGCCACAAAAAGUAGAACGAACUCACAAUAUGGCAAUGGCAGAAUGGUUUUACAAGAGAAUACUAACCAUUGUUUUAAAGGGGGGACAGAUAAAAAAAAAUGAAGAUGGUAGUGUUGAUAUAUCACUACAAAUGAAGUAUAAUGAGGAACGUUGGAAUGUUCUUGAAGAUUAUGUCAAAUCAAACUCUCCCCACACUGAAGAAAUGUAUAGACGUGCUAUGGGAUACAUGGAGGAAGCUAUUGUUAAACCGACUAUUGCUGAAAAAAUUGUCUUAGCUUGGAGCGAGUACUUACAAUAUUAUUUAACAGAGUACAAGACCCACAUCACAUGGGCUACAAGUAUUCUAGCAGCAGUCUUAACAAUAAUUUGGUUAUGGAAGCAUAUGUCAAGUAGACACAUUGUAAUAUUAAUAACAAUUGGUCUAUAUUUUUAUGAAGUAUUAAUUUCAUAUAAGGAGGCUGAAAAGUUAGAGCUAGAUAGAUUUUUAUCAGCUGUCAACACAUGCAAGUGGUACAUCUGGACAUCGGAGUGUGAAGUGCCUCCACCUGAUCCUCUUGUGUUCUUGAAACAUAUGAAUCCUCUGAAAAUUGGGAUCCGCAUUUUCUCUUUAUUGGUGUCAGAACCAAUGAUAACUAUUAGUGAAACUAUUCAAAUAAUAAUUCAUGGAAUUACUGAUGGACUCUGGUUUCCUCUGAAUAAAAUAAUGUAUGGAAUACUAGUAGUAGCAUUAACAGUGCUUAUGAUAUUUUUCCUAAUUAUGAUAUUUAUUAAUUACAUUCUUAACAUUCCAUUUAAAUUAAGUUUAUUUGGAAUUGUGAGUGUUGGGCUACAACAACGUUUUAGAAGCAGGCCAAAUACGAAUGCUGAGACUAGUGCACAGAGAGUUGAUAGUGGAGAUAGAAUUAGUGGAGAAAAUUUGUCUAAAUUUUUAGAAGUAUAUUCUCGUGCUUUGAAUACUGUUACCUCUUUACAAAUACCACAAAAAUUGGCACAAAACUCAAGUUCAUCUUUGACAUAUAGGCCAAAAAUUUCAAGGUCGGCUAGCACUGGUAGAUUGCCCAAUUAUGAAUGUGGUGGGGAUAAUCUAACAGAAACUUUCAGCAACAACAAUGAUCUACGAAAACACAAACAUAAUGGAAGUGGAGAUGCCCGUUGAAGCUAUAGCAAAACUUGUUUAUUCGUUUUUCUUUCAUUUCUAUGCCAAUAAUAUCUAAAUCUCAUUUUUAAAAUUCAUACUAUGUCGAAGUGUAACAUACAUAAAAGUCUAUAACUUUAUUACUAUUACUACUACAAUAAAUGAAAUCAUGUAAGUGUAAAAGAAAAACAAAAGUGAAUGUAAAUAAUAAUUUUAUUAUUUUAAUAAUCUUGGAUAUUAAUAAUAGCAUAGCAUUAUUUAAUUUUAAAUGUAAAUUUAAUUGAAAGACUAAUCAAGAUAUUUAAGGAUUGUAACAAUUGUUUUAAUAAUUGUUGAACUUUUUUUAAUAUUAUUUGUAAAUAAGUAAACAUUUUAAAUAUUG